UGAACGGUCACACUUAAAGGUCGAGCAUAAUUUUUGGAGUACAACAGGUUCGUAGUUUUUUUGGAGAGGCGAGCAGGCGUCAAAAUGGGCAAGGAAAUCUAUUUGGCCAACAUAAAGCAGCACAACAAGGCCCAGGACCUGUGGAUAGUCAUCGACAACAAGGUGUACGAUGUGACCCAGUUCCGGCUCGAGCAUCCUGGUGGCGAGGACACCCUGGUGGAUGUGGCUGGUCGCGAUGCCACCAAGGACUUCAACGAUGUGGGUCACAGCUCGGAGGCGAGAGAGAUGCUCAAGAAGUACUACAUUGGUGACCUGGCCGCUGCUGAUAUCCCCAAGAAAAGUCCAAUUAGUGCCACGCCCACUGAAGCGAGCAAUGAACCCGCCGCCGUCCCCAAGCAAUGCUGCAUCUUAAAUUAACCCCUCUAAAUCCGUAAACCCGCUAGUUAAUCAAAGAGUCCUUAGUUCGGUAGAUGGAAACUUGUUGGAUUGUCUUUCUGCCUUGUUCUCAACGAUUUUCACCCUUUUAUGCAUACGUUUUCUUUCCAAAUAGCUGCCGCAAUAUUGCAUUGGCCCUGGGCGCCGCCUUUAUUGGGAUCACCCUGGUCUAUGUGAUUCGACGCGGAGUGGCCAGGAAUUAAUCUGCGGCCAGGGGACCUGAAAACCAGCUUCAUUCCGUGAUUCCAGAGAUAUUUUUUCAACACAAAAAUCAUUUUCCAAUCACUUGAUACGAAAUAAACUGUACAAAUUGCUAAAAUAAA